UGCACGCCGACCCAUCUUAGGCCGUGGCGUGUGAAUGUGGCUGAUGUUGCGAACACUGUGGCUUUGACGCUAGGCUGAGCUAUCGCGGAGGUUCAACGCGACAAAGGACGCGCUGCACCGUACGUCAACCUUGCGCAUCGCCAUCGGUCACGCCCUCGCCGUCACCACCCCACAAUCCGAUCGGUCUUUCCAUGUUGGUCGAGUAAGAAUAGUACACGGCAAGAACAGCCGCAAUGGAGCGUGAAUACCAUCGCCCAGACUUUGAGGGAGGGCUGCGACCUCGACCGAAGCGAGCGGUGACCGACUAUGGCUCAACGACAGUGCAAUGGUUGCGCAAUCGGCGCCCGCGAUACAAGAAUGCUCCCAUGGCGGAGAUGGAACGGCCAAGUGCAAGUUAUAUUGUCGACAUGCAGCCUCCAGCAGCACGCGUCGCCAGCGCAGCCGAGUCGAUACCAGCCAAAGCCGUGCAUUCUUCCCUGAACAAAGUCAAACACCCCAUAAACGUGGUCAAAUGGACCCCAGAAGGUCGGCGACUGCUCACCGGCUCAACCAGCGGCGAGUUCACUCUGUGGAACGGAAUGGGCUUCAACUUCGAAACUAUCAUGCAGGCUCACGAGGCUGCAAUUCGAGCUGUCGAAUACACAUCCACCGACGACUGGCUCUUGUCAGCAGAUCAGACAGGUGUCGUCAAGUACUGGCAGACAAACUUCAACAACGUCAAAGAGAUACAGGCUCACACGGAAGCGGUACGGGGGCUCUCCAUUGCACCCACAGACACCAAGUUCGUGACAUGCGCCGAUGACACCACACUGAAGAUCUGGGAUUUUGCGUCGAGCACAGAAGAGUCGACGUUGACAGGACAUGGAUGGGAAGUCAAGUCGGUUGACUGGCAUCCGCACAAGGGUCUGCUAGUAUCAGGGUCAAAGGAUCACCAAGUCAAGUUCUGGGAUCCGCGGACAGGGCGCUGUCUUACGACGCUUCAUGGACAUAAAAACCCAAUAUCAAAAACCAUGUUCGAGCCCGUCCAAGGAAACAUGCUAGCAACAUGCGCCCGUGAUCACACAGCCCGCAUCUUUGAUCUUCGAAUGAUGCGCGAUGUCUUGCUGCUGAAGGGACACGAGAAGGAUAUUAUUACAAUGGCCUGGCACCCGAUGCACAAGAACCUGCUGUCCACUGGUGGUGUCGAUGGUAGCAUACACCACUAUCUCCUCGACGAGCAAAACCCUCCUGCUGGUGUCGCACCGUCAAUAUCGCCUUACGACGCUGCCGAUUCACAAAACGCGCCCUCACAAACUAUAUACCCCGCACAUAGCCUGCAAUACGCCCACGACUUCACAGUCUGGACAAUGGAUUGGCAUCCACUGGGCCACAUCCUUGCAUCCGGUUCCAACGACAGGGUCACGCGUUUCUGGACACGGCCGCGGCCAGGCGACACAAACUACAUCAACGACCGCUAUCAUAUUGGCCAAGCUGCGGCAGAGGCACAAGGUACGUUCGACCGUGGCCAGGGCAGGCGGCAGAAAAUGGAAGAAGAAGAGCAGGAAGCCGAGGACGAGGCCGAAGGCCUAGUCGAUCAGAAGAUGCCGUCAAAGAACCCCGCUGGUGGUUUCCUGCCUCCUGGUCUCUCAUUACCAGGACUCAAUGCAGCGCCAGACGGUACAUCCAGUUCUCUACCCGGUAUUGGCGGGGCAAAUCAUCCUCCAGUACCUCCUCCACCAGGUAACAUGCCAUUCCCACCGCCAAACGGAGGGGGCCCGCCUAUGCCUCCUCUCAAUGGUAUGGACCCCUCUCGUCUUGCACAACUUAUCGCGUCGGGCUCCUUACCGCCACCUCCCAUACCUCACGGUCACGGUCCUCCACCGCCAAACGCUAACGGUCCUCCUCCACCCUUUCCACCAAACUUUCCCGGCUUCCCACAAGGCAUGCCACCCGGUAUGCCACCUUUUCCCCCAGGCAUGCCACCUCCAGGCUUCCCAGGCUUCCCUCCUCCGCCUGGUGGUAUGGCUGCUCCGCCACCAGGAUGGCCGGGCCCUCCUCCACCGCCACAACAGCAACAAGGAGGACCAAUGAGUGUAGGCGCAGAUGGUAUCAGGAGAAGAGCGCCGUUGCCGGAUCAGCAAGAUGCUUUGAAAGCAGAGAUGAAUCAGGGCCGAUACAGGAAAGCGAGGUAGAUUUUUGUCAUGGGUUGUUGGCAUAGAGAUGUACGAUCAAGUUACGUUGAAAGUCAACGAGCGUUGGCGUUACGACAUGGUACGGGACUCCAGCAAGAAAAGGCGUAAUAAUAGUAUCCUUUCAAUCGUCAACAAUACCCAAAUCUGUUCGUACAAGUUUUGACUACUAUUACACUGCCUACAGAUCCUCCGAUAAUCCAGCAUCGUCCAUGUCCUUGAUGAAUUCCACCUUAGCCACGUCUUUCAGCUCCAUAUCCCCCUUCACCAUCUUCUCUCCAUGAUUCCACAAUUCGUCUAUGAAAGCAGGAACAAAUGUCCCCGGACCUUUAACAUCUUCCCUCUGCGACGCAGUCUCCGCCGCGAUCUCGUAGUGCAACAGUCCUGCUACAGCAGCAAGCAGCUUAUCUUCACGAUAUGCUGCCAGAUAGGCAGAUAACGUUGUACCCAGUGUGCAUCCACUCCCUGUGAU